ACCCCUUACUCUUGCAAAAUUAAAUUCUAACCCAGACUGUAAACAAAAAGUUAAUUAUUUAUUAAAAAAGUUUCUGCCUCAAAUAAGGUUUUCAAAUUAUUUCUAAUACAAGCAUUGUAUGCCGGACAGUGUAAAUUGCGUGAAAUAAUGACUUCUGAAUUCGCUAUAAAUGCAAAAGAUGAAGACACAAAAAUCAGAACGUCGCGUAAGAAUAAAAAUGUUUUGAUGGUCGACAGAAAUACUUUUUUCAAUGACUUAAUAAAGUUUCACGAGUCCCGCGGGACGCCUAUAAUAAAAUUUCCAAAAAUAGCUGGCAAUGGAAAGCUAUCCGAUGUAGAUCUUUACAAGCUCUAUGAGAUUGUUACUGGGAAAGGUGGAUGGAUGAAAGUGAAUUCAAAGAACGAGUGGAGUGAGAUUGAGAAGGAAAUUGGAUUUCCAGAGAAAUGUGUCAACUCCGAAUUAGCCCUCAAACAUAUCUACAUCCGGUUCUUUGACAAAUAUGAGCGUUUCAAUUUUCUCGGCGAAGAAAAAGAGAGAAUCGAUGAAGAUGAAGAAGAAAACCGUCAUAAACGUUGGUCAGCAAGAGCACUUCAUUCAAUUCCUCAUUCAUACAAUCACAGCCAUCACAACAUUUCGGAUUCUGUUCGAGCUAACAGCAAACUUUCCAAUGAUUUAUAUCAGUCAAGUGAAUAUGAUAAAUUAACGCUCUCAUUGCUUUCACCAUUGCCUAAUGAACAAGAUUUCUCUAUCAACGUUCUCACACUGAUGAGUAAUGAAUGUAAGCAGACUCUGAGACUCGGAAAGUGUCCUCGUCUAAUCAGCAUUCUUCUCGCUCAUGCCGGCAUCUUCGAACACUUUAACCUACGUGAAAUGUUUUGUGAAUUUUACAUCAAUGUUCGAGGACAUUCACAAGAUCAAUUUUGGAGUGAUUUGUUGAUUGACAAACCUGAUCUCACUGAUCUUCUCUACGAAGAUGGUCUAACGAAUGAAGAAGUGUUUCUUAACGAUGAGAAGAUGAAAGAUCUUUAUGGAGAGAAGGAUAAAUUGACAAAGGAGGAACUUAAAGAGUUAUCGUUUCUAGGAUUGAGACGUGGAAUGGGAACGCAAGACUACAUUGGACAAAGAGUGCAUCAAGUCACAUCAAUCAUAAGAAAUUUGAGUUUCUUUGACGAGAACUUGUCGAUAUUAGCUCGUAAUCGAACUCUUAUUCGUUUUCUAAUUUUAACAGCGAAUAUUCGUUGGAAUAAUCUUCACAUGAGCGCACUUGAUGUUCUUGGAAAUAUCGGAUCAGAAAUCGAGUUGAAAGAUCCUUUCGCUGAUAUUUCAUCACGUCAUUUGUUUGGAACGAUUUGUGAUGGACUUGAAGGCAAUGAUCGUGCUGUGAUCAUCAGUUGUUUAGAGAUUCUCAGCAAACUCUGUCAGAAUGAAGCGAAUGAAGAUUUUCUUUUGAAACAUUUGAAUAAGAAAAAUUACGAGCAAGUUUGCAUAUAUUUGUUGGUGCAGGAUAUGAUGUUGCUAAUUUAUACACUCGAAUGCGUUUACUCAUUGACAUCGUUGGGUGAAAAGGCUUGCAAUAGUAUCGUUGACAUUCAUGGCGUUAUGGACACUUUAGUGUCGAUGAUUACAAUCGAAGCACAAAGUUUAGGCCCAGAUUCCUGCAUUCAAAUGAAAGUCGUCGAAACAGUUCCAACUCGAAUGCUUAAUAAUCAAUCUCAACGAACAUUACCACAUAAUAUUAUUCGCAGUGAUCAUCAGACAGCAACAAGGACGCCAACAACUUAUCAGUCACCUUCAAAAUUCGUGCAACCAUCGAUGGAAAGUCCUUCACGUGCUGAUCAACUUUUAAAGCAAAAUCAACAACAAUUAGUUCAGGAGAAUGAACAAUUUGCACUUGCAUGGAUUCGGAAUAACUUUGAACUGUCAUCACGAUUGAUGGUGAAGAUUGAAGAACAAGAUAUGUAUCGAAUGUAUGUUAAUGCAUGUACAAAAGUUGGAAGGAAAGGUGCUUUGACUCAAAUCCAUUUUCCACGUUGCGUGCGAUCAGUUUUUGGUGGAAGUGUCGGUCCAAAUCCUGGAAAUUCUGACACUGGUGGAAGUGGCAAUGAGAAACCCUUAAUGUACUAUUGCGGUAUAAAACCAAGAGCAACGACGAUUCAUCAAGAGCAGCAAUCAGCCACAAAGAGUGAAAUGAUCGUCAUUCAUCCACCUAAAUCAUCAUCACCAGCAUCACAAACGUUUAAGAACGAAGAAUCUGCGUUAAUUGCACAGUUAAGUGGAAAGCCAACGCCAACAUCAUCAACAGCAGCAGCAUCGAAGACUCCAUCAUUACUACAGCAAGUAUUGUCAACGAAUCAACAACAUUUGACGUCAACACAAUCGUCAGCAUCUGUUUCGAAUGCGAUUGUAACGACACCAACAACUACAUCAUCAUUGAUUAAGAGUUUGUUGGCAAAUAAGGUAACGACUGCUAGUUCAGACACUAAUAACAUGCCCACAGCCACUGUGAGCAUGACUUCAUCAUGUGUGGUCACAACAAAUGUCAAUAGUUUGCAUCAGGUUGCACAACGACAAUUUACACAAAAGCAAAAGCAACUUUCAGAGCAAUUAAGCGUCGGUGGACAAUCGCCAUCCACAAUUCUACCGUCAACAACAAAGUUAGUUGUUGCAGGGUCACCUGGUGGUGUUGGAAGUUUGAAGAUUGGGAGUUCAACUAUAUCAAUUAAGCCAGCAACUGUUGAAGUAACAAAGUCGGCUGUUGUGACAACAAACGAUCCACCACCAUUAGCACCUUUGAGUGUUCAAAGCAAUAAAUUGAAGUCUUCAAUUACGAUAACAAAUAACGUUGACGCUGCUAAAAUGUUGGUAUCACCAUCUCAAAAGAUUACAGCGAAUAAGAUGCUCGUUGAUUUGUUAGAUAAAAAAGCUCCUGAGCCGCCAGUUUUUGGAGCGACAACAAUCAAGAGAAAGAUCGAUAUGGACACUGAAGUCCCAGCAAAAAAAGUUGACUUGGAAUCAGUUGAUGCGCCAGUUACGCCGUCGCCGAAAGCAGCUGAUCUGUAUGCAAAAUUAGCCGGUUCCAUUUUGGAAGAUGAAGAAAUGGAAGAUGAAAUCGAAAAGUCAAUUCCGACGAAGAUCAUUGAGAAGAAAGUGAUUGAAGUGAAGGCAGGAAGUGGCAGUCAGCAACAACAGAUAAUAAGUUCAGCGCCAGUUCAACGUCAAAUCAUUAUGGGACCGAACAAUCAAGUAAUUCUGUCACCGCCAGGCGCUUCACAUCAUCAUCAUCAUCAUCAAACGACAGCAACAAUUAAAACUGAUUCGGGAAUCCAAACUGUUCCAAUAAUCUUGCAGAAUAAUUCCAUUCAAGGUUUGCCUGGUCAAACGAUUCUAAAUCAAGCACCGCCAACGCAAUAUAUUUUGGCGACAAAUCAACAAGGACAAACUUAUGUUGUGGCACAACAACCAAUUUCCCAACCACAAAUGCCUCAAACAGUUCUGCUCGCUCAAACACCGAAUCAACAAGGAACACAAACAAAGACAAUCAUCAUUCUUCAACAGAAUCAAGGACAACAAAAUCAAUCAAGUGGCAUUCAACAAAUUCAAAUGACACAGCAGCAAGGACAACAACAGAAAAUUAUCAUGACCCCUAGUGGUCAGCAAGUCAUUUAUUCAACUCAACGACAAUUUGGUCAACAGCAGCAGCAGCAGCAACAACCACAAGUUAUUCAAAAUUAUCAGCAAAAUGUCGGCGGUGUCAUUCAUACGACAAUGAUGCCAAGUGGCACAACUCAAUCAUUGACAAAUCGUAAAAUUGUAUUCACAAAUAAUGCAGCUGCAGUUGCUGCUACUGGUGGAGGUGCUAGUGGUGCUGGUGAGAAUGUAACAGCAACAGCAGGUGGUGCAAAGAUUAUCCAAACAACAAAUACACAACAACAGCAACAUUCAUUACAAACAAUAACUCAGGGACAGAAUAUUAUUUCACCAUCACCAUCAUCCAUCAUAACAACGCAAUCUGAAAAUAAAUCAAAUGACGAUGAAUUAUUGAUGAAUGAAACGACAUCAACAAUUACAACAUCGAUGACGACAACGACGACAGCGUCUUCAUCAGCAAAUAACUCAGGAUCAUCAUCGCCAGCUCCACAACAACAGAAGCAGCAAGUCUCAAUACAAAUUCCCGUACCACAAUCUCAAGUUGUUGGGCCAAAUGCUCAACAAUACUCGAUUAAAAUCAUUCCAUCAAUGGAUCCAACAAAAGUUAAAGACGAAGAUGUGGAAAUUAGUUGGCCUUUUGUGUGUGAUUGGCGUGGAUGUCCGAAGAAGAAAUUUUCGUCAGCAAAUGAAGUUUAUUUGCAUGCUUGUGCUGUUCAUUGUCCAUCGCUUGACGGUACACCAGAUUUGUUCUGUCAAUGGGGCGGUGGAAAUAGUUUAUGCGAUAAUCUUCCACGUAAACGUUUCUCGCUUAUGACUCACAUCUUUGAUCGUCAUUGUACAGCUGAAGCUUUUAAAAUGGCAGUUCAGAAACGAAUAACAGCCGUUGAGAAUGGUGUGACGACUAAUGGAUCGAAGCAACCAUAUCCAGUCACACUUGUACGUCAACCAAACAAUCCACAAUCAUUAACACCCGCACAAAAUGAAAAUCAAAACUUAUUAAAUGGACCGACAAAUAUUCAAAAUGCGGGCGCUGCUGCAAUGCAAGCAAUCAAACGUCAUUCAAUAGAAUUUAAUAUUGCGAAAGAAAUGAUGGAAGAGCCAGAAGGAACAGUAACAAAAAGUAUUCGACUAACUGCUGCUUUGAUUUUAAGAAAUCUUGUAACUUACAGUAACCAUGCUAAAAGAGCACUUCGCUACCACGAGUAUCAUUUAUCGCAGAUUGCUUUAAGUAACAAUGAGUCAAAUCGAGUCAUCGCACAGGUUCUUUACGAGAUGAAUGAACAAAUUUCACCGUUUUCUAGACCAUGAAAAAUAUCUCAUGAAUUAUCUAAGUACUUUGUAAUUUAGUUAUGUCUUCUUUUCCUCUUAGUUUUCUUUUCCUUUCUAGAACAUGAUUCAAUAAAGAGACAAAAUUUUCAUAUUAAAAGCAAAAUAAAAA